CCCUCGUAGCAGCAGAUAAACCCCUCAUGCCCAACAACACAUUACAAAACCCUAAACCCUAGCUUCCUCAAUAACACUCUUCGUUGUAACGGCGAUACAUUGAACUCGUAUCAGCCCUAAAAAUGUCUUUGUAUUUGCUGUACGAGUUUGCUUCAGGAUACGCAUUGUUUAAUUGCCACGGAAUCGAUGAAAUCGGGCAGAACUCGGAAGCGGCGCGUAACUCGGUCGCGGACCUCACUCGGUUCGGCAAGGUUGUUCAACUCGUUGCGUUUAAUCCGUUUGAGUCAGCGCUCGAUGCUCUCAAUCAAAUUAGCGCUGUCUCCGAAGGUCAAAUGACUGAGGAGUUGCAGAACUUUUUGUCACUAAAUUUUCCCAGUGUUGGGAAGAAGCCUAAAUUCAGUUUAGGCGUAUCUGAACCUAAGCUUGGUUCACAUAUCUUUGAAGUAACAAAAAUCCCCUGUCAGAGCAAUGAGUUUGUUCUCGAGCUUCUGCGUGGUGUACGCUUGCAUAUUGAUAGGUUCAUUGAGAAUCUCAAGCCUGGUGACUUGGAGAAGGCCCAGCUUGGUCUUGGCCACAGCUAUAGCAGAGCAAAGGUCAAGUUUAACGUAAACAGGGUUGACAAUAUGGUUAUUCAAGCCAUAUUUCUUCUUGAUACUCUUGAUAAAGAUGUUAACUCCUUUUCCAUGAGAGUCAGAGAAUGGUAUUCAUGGCAUUUUCCUGAGCUAGUGAAAAUUGUCAAUGACAAUUAUCUUUAUGCCAAAGUUGCUAAAUAUGUGGACAAUAAAUCCGAGUUGUCAGAAGAUAAAUUACCUGGUUUGAUCGACUUGGUUGGUGAUGAAGACAAAGCAAAGGAAAUUGUAGAAGCUGCCAAAGCCUCAAUGGGGCAAGAUUUGUCUCCUGUUGACUUGAUAAAUGUCAAAUUAUUUGCCCAGAGGGUAAUGGACCUUGCAGAGUACAGGAAAAAGCUGUAUGACUAUCUGGUUGCGAAAAUGAGUGAUAUAGCACCUAAUUUGGCUGCUCUGAUUGGUGAAGUUGUUGGAGCUCGGUUGAUAUCACAUGCCGGCAGUCUGACAAAUCUGGCAAAGUGCCCUUCUUCUACCCUUCAGAUCCUGGGGGCAGAGAAGGCACUUUUCAGGGCAUUAAAAACACGCGGCAAUACACCAAAGUAUGGCCUUAUAUUCCAUUCUUCUUUUAUUGGCCGGGCAUCAGCACGUAACAAAGGUCGAAUGGCUCGCUAUCUUGCCAACAAGUGCUCAAUUGCCUCUCGGAUUGACUGUUUCUUAGACAAAAAUACCACUGCUUUUGGGGACAAGCUACGAGAGCAAGUUGAGGAACGAUUGGACUUUUAUGACAAGGGGGUUGCACCACGCAAAAACAUAGAUGUGAUGAAAGUUGCUAUUGGUAACGUCGAUAAGGAAGCUGGUGCGGAGGAGGAUGUAAAUGGAGCAACUGCCAAAUCCUCAGCAAAAAAGACCAAGAAAAAGAAAUCUACAGAUAUGGAUGUGGAUGAGGAUGAAGCUGCGGAGGACGUGAAUGGAACACCUGUAAAGCCUUCAGCAAAGAAAAGCAAGAAAAAGAAAUCCUCAGAAAUGGAUGUUGAAGAAACACCCGUGCAACCUUCAACAAAGAAAAGCAAGAAAAAGAAAUCCACAGAAAUGGAUGUGGAUGAAGCCCCUACUGAACCUUCUACAAAGAAAAGCAAAAAGACAAAAUCCAAAGAUUCCAUCAGCAACGGUGAUGUGGCUACAAACGGAGACAGUACUGCAAAGAAGAAAAAGAGUAGAAAAUCGGACUAAAACUUUUGAGCACUUUUUAGUUCUGUUUUGAGCCGGCGAAAACUGAGGUUAAUGAAUAUGUUCCUUCCAAGGUUUGUGUUUCCGGCUGUAGGUUUUGUCAAGGUUGUUUUCUUUUGUUCAACUAAACGAUCCUAGUAAUAUUGAUUUCUUUUAAUA